GGGGUAAUGUAAAAAGCAUUGGUUAGAUAGGCGAUUGAUUACAAGUUUCCAUUCUGUAUAUUCUGUGACUCUGCUCUCCUUGUGAAAAAGAAACAGGAAAACAAUAUUCAGUUAGAUUGCGUUUAUUACAAUAAUAUAAUAUUAUUGUAGACUUAUAAUAUAUUAAACAUUGAAAUGUCGGAAUCUUCAAAAGAGAAUAUAUCAAUGAACACCAAUAGGCUAACAAAACCAAUUUGUCUAAGAGAGCUAACUGACGGAAGAGAAUUCGAAAUUACUGCCGGCGACUAUUGUGAAGGUGAAGAUGAUUAUAAUCUUAUUAAGGAUGAAUUUCCCAUGGAUGAGAUAGAAAAGUAUGUCAAUUUCGAUACAUUGGAUGUCGAUGUGGAUGAGGAAGGCAAGGUUGUAUGCUUUGCCGAUUUGAGGCAAAAAAUGUCUCCAGUUACAACGGACAAGAGAAUAAUGAAAAGAAUGAUAAAGCAAGGGAUGGGAGAAAUGAUAUCGAACGCUGGUGUGGUGUAUUACCACUACAGUGCCUACGUCAACCUUCAAGAGGAGCCUUUCGAUAACUCUUAUCUCCGUCGGCACCGAAGACCUGAGAGGCUCGUCUUGGGUAAAGGAGAAGUUCUUAUUGGGGUCGAACUAGCACUAAAAACUAUGAAGAAAGGAGAGGUCUCUCAAUUUAUUGUGGAACCUGAGUACGCUUUCGGGAAGCUGGGGUGUCCCCCAAGAGUGCCUCCAGAAUCUACAGUUCUUUUCGAAAUUGAGGUUAUUGAUUAUACGGAGCUAUCCGAUUGCACAGAACCAGAAGCUAUAGACAUCGAAGAAACAACAGAAGAAAAGUACAACCGAUUAUACAAAGCAGCAAAGGAUAACCGUGCUUUAGGAAAUGACUUUUUCAAGAAAUUGAACUAUAGAAUGGCUGCUGUACGGUACAGGAGAUCAAGAGAUAUUUUGUUGGAAGCUAUUUGCAAAAACGAGGAAGAUGAAAAAGUUAAAAAUCAUUUACUCGCGAAAGUACUUUCAAACUUGGUUAUAUCAUAUUCUAUGCUGAAGAAGCCAAAUCUAGUAUGCAUGACAUGUCGGGAUGCGUUCUAUUUCAAUGAAGAAGAAGCAACGAAAAAUCCCAAACUGUAUUACUUUUGGGGCUUAGCUUUGAUGGAAUUUGGUGAUUAUGAAUUGGCAAAAAUUAAACUCAAAAAAGCGUUGAGGCUCCAACCGAAUAGUAUGGAGAUCAAAGAAGCUCUCAAGAAGCUGGAUGAUAAGCAGAAACAGUACAAAGAUACAUCUCGAAUAAUUUUUCAAAAAGCUCUUGGAUUCAGCGGUGAAACAGAGAAGAAGGCAGUUGAUGAAGAGGUGAGUGAGAAUACAUCAUUUAGGGUUUUUAGAUGUGAGAUUUCUGCCAAUGCAUCUUAA